CAAAGAGAACGAAGCUAAUAAUCAAAUUACUUGAUUGUAAGUCUUUUAAGUGAAGAAAAAUGUCAACUUUCGGCGGCUGCAACAACGGUGUUCAGGCUUGGGGCAACGGAGUCAAUAACUGCGGAGCCAAUAAUGUCGGCACUGGUUCUGGAAGCCAGAACUAUGGCCAAGGUUCCGGAUCUAACCACGUCAGUGGUGGAAUGUGGAAAGUGAGCAACCCAGGUUUUGCUGGCUGCCCUAUGAACGUAGGCCCUGGUGCUGGAGCUUGGAAUAUGGGGUCUGCUUCUGGAAGUGUCAACCAAUUCAAUGAACAAGCCAAUCUUUCUUCAGGAUAUAAACCCCCUUAUUGUUAAGGGUUUUGAGGCUACGUCUGCCAAAAUAUAGCAGCAGCCACUGAUGGAAUAACAUAAGUUACUAUGAUGUUAUAAAUAUCAAUAAAGUCUGCUGCUUUGUUAUAUUUUGAAAGUUUGUUGUAGUGAAAUGGACUACUAGACUAAUAAAGUAAAAAUUAGUGC